UACAAGUUCUCUCAGUGUGAAAGUGUAUAGAUUUAGGCGGUGAUAAAAUGAGAAUAUGCUGGUAUGUCUCACUAUAUGUUCACACUCCCGCUUAAAAGUUUCAGAAAAGUAUGAACGUGUAGCGUACGCCAAUACCUUUACCGUGAAUUGUCUUAAUUUAAAGAAGUAAAAUAUUGAUCAAAACCGACCACCCGACCAAUAUUGUCGCCAUUAAAUCAUGUUUGAAGUUAUGUAACCAAAAAUAAACUGACUUGUUCGUUCAUUAGUUAUAACAACCAGAGUUGAGCUUGGAGACAAAGUUUUGCAACAUUCUGUGGAAAGAAAAAACGAAACGCCAUACAGUCUGAUAGUGUUCAUGUGUCCUAUACUGAUCCUUACGCCGGAAGGCAAAUUUAACACAUAUAUUCAUAUAUAUAUUACUUUUAUUUAUACUAAAAUAUACAGAGAAUACAAAAAGAAAAAUGAACGUGAUAUUAGGUCUGGGAGUAUUUCUUCUGGCAACACAAGGAAUCAGUGGUCAGUUUCUACCCUUUAGUAGAAGACCUGGACCCGGACGUUUUGGUGGUUUUCGCCCUGGUGGAGGUCCUCCUCCAGGUGGACCAGGACCAGGAGGCGUCCUGCGAUUUCUUCCACCUCCAGCUUCAAUUUGUCUUCGAUCAUGUACAGCAAUAAACUUACGGUGUGAUGUUUUAUCACAAUCUAGAAUGACGCAAACUUGUAAAGCAUGCCUGGAUUCUCAUUGCCCUUACGACGAGGAAGUUCCUGGUUUUAUGCAGGACCAAUGCCCGGCUUCGAAAUAUUUAUCGUGCGCUAAUAUGGGAUCAUGCCCAAUAUACACCACAGCAGACCAACAAUUUUUUUCAAACUGCCUGAAAUGCAGAGAUGGCUGUUUGCCAAAAGAAUUAAAAGAAAAUAUUCAGAAAAGAAUGAAACAAAUGAAGGAUGGAGCACAAAAAGGAAAGAGCUGCCGAGAAACAUGUGACAAAACGCAUGGAUGCCCAAGACAGCCACCACGAUCCUGUAUGGAAUGUGUGAAGAAGCAAUGUGGAGAUGGACGAGCAUUCGAAUGCGUUCACAAAGCUUUUGGUUCUGGUAAUUGUCCCACAUGCAAGAAUCUUAACACAAAUGUUGCGCCGACUAGUUUGGAAGUUGUUGCUAAAUGCCGUAAAUGCAAGGAUGCAUGUGGUCCAGAUGGUGACAGAAGGGACGUCUCUGGAAGAGGUAGAGAUCGAGGUGAUGGAUACCGUGGAGACGGCUCUGGACGUCGAGGACCACCUAGAGAUGGUGAACGUGGUAGUCGAAGUGAUUUACGAAUCGAAAUGAGACCAUUGGAAGUCAUUCGACACUUAUCUGAAAGUGUUAUAGAGUGCUUAUCCAACGGAUGUUCAGAAACUUGUAACAUGGAAACACGAAGCGAAAUACAUCAACAUUAUGGUGGAAAUUGCAUGCAGUGUCUCAACAAAUUAUGUCCCGUGACUGAUUCUACGACUGUAUUUGAUCUUGAAGAUUGUCGCUAUCGUAACAGCGUGAGCUGUGGCGUUGCAUCCGGAUGUAACCCGUUCCCCGUGGCAUUACAGGCCAAGCGUAAUUCAUGUAUGAAAUGCAGAGAAUAUUGCUUGACCGAGAAUGUAAAACAAGAGCUAAGAUUGAAAAUGACAGCGGCCGCAGCCUGCAGAUCGAACUGUAUAGCAACAAGCGGAUGCCCAAAAAAAAUUCCCGGAUCAUGUAUAGAAUGUAUUCAAAAGGAAUGUGGUGAAUCUAGCUCAGAUAAACAUAACUGCAGACAAAAUGCAAUCUCUACUGGAAAAUGUUCAAUGUGUGCAAGCAGUGACGAUUUACGACGAGCACCAGAGUGUAUGCAAUGCUUGAGGAAAUGUGAUCCAGACGAUGAUCGUUUAUUUGGAUCCGCAAGAGGAGGCCGAGGUCAAAGACCAGGAGGUCGCCAGCCAGGCCAAGGCGGACAACGCAUUCCCAGACCCGGAGGAUUUGGAUCUCGCCGUCCCGGACCAGGCCCCGACGGAAAACGUCCCGGAACCGACGUGAAACGUCCCGGAAUUAGAAGACUAUUUGGUGGAGACAGGGACCGACCAUUCCUUCCUCUCUCUUCUGCACAAUGUCUUGAAGUGAACUGCAUGAAGUCAGAUGCUUGCGACGACGAGAACAGAACUCGUGACUUCCGCGAACGACUUCAGCCAAUGUGCCGCUUGUGUAGAAGUUCUCUAUGCCCGAUGAAACCAGGAACUCCAAUGUUCGACAACAACAAAUGUCGCCUAGAAGCACAUAAGAAAUGCGGCGCAUUUUUUGAAUGCAAAGCUCUUGAUGCAGAUACCAUGGCAAAGAGAGUGAAAUGUAACUCGUGCGUCGACAGUUGUAUUCCUGAAGUCAUAAAGCAGCAAGUAAGAACCAAAAUGAUGAAUGCAAAGAUGUGCAGAGAUAAGUGCACGGACACACAAUGCGGAGACAGAAAACAGUGCCAAGCGUGUACUGACAAAAUUUGCGAGAGCAGCAUAUAUGAAAACUGCAGAACAACAGCAAUAGAAUCAUGUUUAUCGUGUAGAAGACAUUCGCAAACUGAGAAGCAAUGCGACACCUGCAUGGAUGGUUGCAUGCCAGCAAAACCUUCCACACAAGGCCCUCCUAUCCCAAUGCCAUCAAGCCAGGGUUAUUCGGGCGUGGCACUAGGAGGAGAUCAGGUGACGAGUGGAAUGUCCUGUCAUAAAAAAUGCGAAUCAUACGGCUGCAAACCUACAAAACCGGGAGCUUGUCAAGCGUGCAUUAAAUCAGUCUGCGACGACAACGUGUAUGCCACAAGUUGUGACGAACUAGUACGAGACAACGAGAUCUGUCCAUCAUGUAACGAAGAGAAGUCUGCAAGUGGAUAUGAUUGCAAAAAAUGCUACGAUGAUUGUGGAGCAGUUGAUCUCUCGCACGGUGGUAGCUACUCCUGAGGAAAUGAAACCGGAUUUUGCAUAUGUGACAAAUAUAUACUCUUUGAUCAAAUUUGUUCAGACGUGUGAAAAUUUCCAAUUAUUCCAACAUUUGAAUUAAACUAUGUAAUCUGCAAACU